AUGGUUGACCUCCAAGAUUGGCCUCUUCAAAUGCUUCUCCUCAACUUCUAUCGGCAUCAUCAGAAGAUGAAGAAGAAACAGAGCUACUUUGGUUUUGCUGUUCUAUUAUGGAUCAUCUUCUCUGCUUCAACUGGAGUUGAAGCCCAGUCUUCAACUGAAGGCUUUAUAAGCAUCGACUGCGGAACCGCCGGCAAUCGCAGCUACGUCGACGGAAUCACCGGCAUCCCUUACGCUUCCGACGACCGAUUCACUGACGCCGGGAUCAACUACAACAUCUCGGACAUCUACUCCUCGCCGUCGCUUGCAAACCGUCAGCUUCUCACCUUGAGAAGCUUCCCCGACGGCGCUCGGAACUGCUACACCCUGAAGCCGCUCGUCAGGGGGCAGAAAUACCUGGUCAGGGCCGCGUUCCUGUACGGGAACUACGACGGAGAGGACAACGCUAGCACCGGAAGGCCGCUGCAGUUCGACCUCCACCUGGGCGUCGACCUGUGGCUGCGCGUCAACGUCAGCGGCCCGUCGAACUUGACGAUGGCGGAGGCGUUGUUCGUGGCGGCGGCGGAGUUCGCGUGGGUUUGCCUGGUGAACACCGGCGGUGGCGUUCCGUUCGUCUCGUCGCUGGAGUUGAGGCCUCUCAAAGCGUGGCUUUAUUCGAACGUCACCGCCGACCAGCCGCUGGUUCUUUACCGGCGGCUCAACCUGGGCGGGACCACUUUAGUAAGGUAUCCUGACGACGCAUACGACCGUCUCUGGGAGCCGUUCCAGGCGCCCUUUUGGGGAACAAUCUCCACCACGUCGCCGAUCGUCUCCACCGAUGGCGAUCAAUUUGAGGCGCCUUCCGUCGUCCUCCAGACCGCGGCGACGACGACAGACACCGACACUCCCCUUUCGUUCUACUUUCGCGAUGACACCGCGCUGCUCGAGUUCUACUUCGCCUUGUACUCCACCGAGGUGGAGCUCCUUCCUCCGAAUGCCACGCGGGUAUUCGAUGUUUAUCUCAAUUCCCAGUUGGCUCUCGGUGGAUACGAGCCGCCCUACCUCCAGUCAGACUACAUGUACAAUUCGGAUCCGCGUACCGGCUCGUCCAAGUAUGAGUUCGUCAUCAACGCUACCCUCAACUCCACCCUCCCGCCCAUCUUGAACGCCCUCGAGGUGUACUACGCGAUGAACCUCAGGGUGAAUGCCACCGACGCCAACGAUGUUGAGGCCAUGAUGGCAAUCAAAGCAGAAUAUCGGGUUAAGAAAAAUUGGCAGGGUGAUCCGUGUGCUCCAAAGGAAUAUGCUUGGUUUGGCUUGAACUGUAGUCAUUCACCUCUAAGGGUCGUAUUCAUAAACAUGUCUUCUAGUGGAUUAACUGGAAGCAUAUCAGAUUCUUUUGCUUUGCUUGACACCUCUGAGUACUUGGAUUUGUCUUACAAUAAUUUAACGGGGGAAGUACCUGAUUUUCUUGGGAAUUUGACAUCUCUCAAAGUCUUGAAUUUGACUGGAAACAAUUUUACUGGAUCAAUUCCCAGUUCUCUUCUCAAAAGAUCAGAAGAGGGUUCACUUAUCCUAAGGUUCACCAACCACACAAUUCCAGGCAACACUAGGAGUAAAAAGAAGACAAACACACUUGUUAUUGUGGUUAUUUGUUGUGCUGUCCUUGGGUUGCUAUCGAUACUUAUACUGGCAGGAUGGUUUAUUUGGCUGAGAAAAAGGGGAAAAGUUUUGGUUACAUCAAGUGUGACACGACAUACUGAAGCAACCAUAGCUCAGAAAACUGAACAUGGACCACAUCCACAAGUUGAUAGUGGGAAAUUCACUUUCAAUCAUCUGCAAGUAAUUACUAAUAACUUUGCUCAAGUCAUUGGGAAAGGGGCUUUUGGGACAUUCUAUCUAGGCCAUUUGGACAAUGUUACUCAAGUUGCAGUCAAAGUGCAGUCACAAUCUACUUCGCAGCAGACCCGAGAAUUUGAAUUUGAGGCAAGGCAGUUACUAAGGAUUCAUCAUAGGAAUUUGGUUUCUCUUCUGGGAUACUGCAGAGAUGAAACUUUUUUAGCACUUGUUUAUGAGUACAUGCCCCAGGGAAGCCUCAAAGAUCAUCUCCAAGGUAGGGACAGUUUAUCUAGAACCUUGAGUUGGAGAGAACGUCUAAUAAUUGCACUGGAAGCUGCACAAGGACUUGACUAUCUGCACCGAGGAUGCCUGCCGCCUAUAAUGCAUAGAGAUUUGAAGACCAGCAAUAUUCUUUUAGGUGAAAAACUUGAGGCCAAGCUAACAGACUAUGGGAUGUCUAAAUCUUUCAGCAAUAACACAGAUGUCACCCGCCUUGAAAUGGUCGGAACCCCAGGAUACAUUGACCCAGAGUUCCAUACAACUUACCAGCUUACGGAGAAGAGUGACAUAUAUAGCUUCGGAGUGGUCCUUUUGGAGCUAAUCACUGGCCAACGAGCCAUACAGUCUGGCAGAAGUAAGGUUCACAUAGUUCAAUAUAUGGCAUCCUAUAUUGCCGUAGGGAACAUCGAUGCUGUUGUUGACAAAAGAUUUCGCCGAUCAUUCAGUAGCAACUCCAUAAGGAAUGUUACAGAUCUUGCAAUGCAGUGCACAGCAGAUACCUCUGCCGAUAGGCCAACGAUAGUUGAUGUUGUGAACCAGCUCAAGGUGUGCAUAGAACUUGAGGCUACGAGUGAGAAUGGCACGGACCGGAAUGUCGAAGGUGAAAGAUCCGUCCAGUUUAGCGCACUUGAGGUAGAAGGGUCGAACCAUCACCUAGGUCCAAGAUGAAUUGAAAAUCUCGACUUUCCCUCUAUGAGGUGCAAGAUUCUUCAACAGUGUGUUAUAUUGAAAUGGUGUGUUUUCCUCAGUGUGGUCUACUAUAAUAUUCUGAUAACUUGACGAACUAAAUGAAUGAUUCUUGGUGUAUCAUAUUAUCAUAUGGUUCUUGAAGACAAACAAACAAUAAUACAAUUCAGUAAGAGAUAUUAAAACCCUC